CUCUGGGAUUUCCCUGCAGCGGCGCGCCGAGGAUGGAAAAAGGAAAAAAAAAACUGGUCUAAUUGGCUAACAGCAACCAGAUGUGCUCGCGCCGCCAUUGUUUUCCAGACGUUUCCGUGCCGUGUCGGCUCGGGCAAGGAAUAGAGCGUAUUUACGCGUUUUAGGAUUCUGUCGCGGCUGCGAGUUGCGCCAUCGCUCAGAUGGAAUGCAAAAAAAAAAAAAAAAAAGAAAAAAAAAAAAAAAGAAUGGACCUUUAACGGGAGGGUGCAAAAAAAAAAAAAAGAAAAAAAAAGUGAGGCAGCAGUGGUUGUCAAAAAAGCAUGCAGAGGCAAGCUCAAGGCCUUCCGCAGUCGGGAACGAGACGGACAAGAGACGGCGUCUGUGCCCCCCCCCCCUCACAAUGAUUUGUAUAUGAAAACAUAGCGCGUUUUUUAUUUAUUUAUUUUUUUAAUCAUUCUCCCCCCUCCUGGCUCCGCUUGUUGAGCGAUCAGCUGAUGAAGAGACUCGCAGCUCGCCGCUAUGCUGGUUUGCUAAUUCUCUCCCCCACUGCCGCUGCGGUCGAUCCUGCUAGCCCGCCGCCUGCAGAUUGCACUCAGCCUCAAGCGGGAGGGAAGAGCUCCCCGCAGGAGAUGGAGGAGGACGGCGGUCAGAAGAAGCGUAAAGGCGAGGGCGAAGACAAGGCGCUCCAGGCGGCGCAGGAAACCGGAGAAAAGGUCAAGAGGAAGCGAGGGCGGCCGCCCGCGGAGAAGCUUCCGCCGAAUCCACCCGAGCUCACCCGUCAACUGAGCACCCUGGUGGACAUGGUGGUCAACUACAAGGACGGUGUGGGUCGACAGAUCAGUAAAGGCUUCGUCCAGCUUCCCUCCAGGAAGGAAGCGCCUGAGUACUACGAGCUGAUCCGGAAGCCCGUGGACUUCAGAAGAAUCAGGGAACGUGUGCGUAACCACAAGUACCGAAGCGUCGGCGACCUGGAGAAGGACGUCUUUCUGCUGUGUCACAACGCUCAAACGUACAACCUGGAAGGAUCUCAGAUCUACGAGGACUCCAUCGUCAUCAAGUCUGUUUUCGAGAGCGCCAGGCUGCGAAUCGUCACCGACGAGGAGCCCAGACAAACGGCGGCCUCCACCGUGGUGACCGUGAGCGGGGCCGACAUCUGCCAACCUGGGACGCCGGCAGAGCUUCAAACGGCGUCGCUCACCAAGGCGGGUAACGAGGAGAAGAGUUGCAACCUCACGUCCAAGAAGCCGCUCUUGUACCGAGACCAGGAUGUGGAGGAAAUCACCUCAAAGGACGAAGGGUGAAUUGUUAUUUUGUAGCCAUCUUUUUCUGUCUUCUUGUCAACAACUCUUCUUUCUUUGAAGGACGUGUUUGGAAAGACUGAUUGGCUCUAAUAAGUCACGUCGCUGUUCUUUUAAAUGUUGUUUGUCUCAUUUCUCCUACACAUAGGAUGUAAAAAACUGCUUUACUGACUCUUUUUAAUCAUUGUAUUGGAACGGAAGGCCUUCAUAUUUUCACUAAGUGGGACAAAAGUAGAGACACUUUCCAACUCCUUGACUGGGACGACUAGUGCUCGUUUCUGUGGGAAUUUGUGUCACUGAUGUUGGUUCCCAAAGGUGUUGUUUGGGAUUCUUGCACACCAGACUCAUCCAAGCAUGACUUCCCAGCAGCCACAAGACAUUAAAACUAUGUUGAGAACUUGCUGAAUUAGGUCCUGGCGUUGAGCAACUCAAAGAUAACGCUGGAACGACAUGCUUUUUGACGAUGUUUAAUCAAUGUUGGGUUCUGAUGUUGAUUUGACCAUUGAAUUUUGGUCAUUUCCCAACCAAUAUUCUACAACGCAAAUACAAUGUCGAAACAACAUGCUUUUUGACUACGUUUAUUCAAUGUCAAUGACGUUGAUUUGACCGUUGAAACCCCGAAUCAAUUUUUUUCUUAAUAACAAGAUAGUUUCUUCCUGUUAUGUCAGACCCCGUUUACUCAUCUUAAGUAAUAUGCAUCAAAAUGACAUAUACUGGUUCAAGUAAGUUAAAAAUCUGUCAACAGUACGAGAAAUCUUCCACAUUUUUUAUAUUUUAGGAUUACUUUGCUUAGUUUAAGCAAUAAUUUAAACCAGUGCUUGUCAAAAAAAAAAUUCUGUUACUACCCCAAGGAAGAAAAAAACACUUCAUGCCCCCCCUACCUCCACUCCCCGCCACAACUAUGGAUAGUACCAUUUGUCUAUAAAAAUGGUUCUAAGUACCCCUCUGCAUAACAUUGUAUCCAUACUGACGUUAGAGAAAACAAAAAAAGACAAAAUAAAUAUAGAUCGACUUACGAUAAAGAUUAACUUUAUUGACCCUGACGAUGUUUAUUAUUCUGUCCCAGAAAAUAUUUAAAGUGCAUCAAUUUGCCUGAAAUUAAAUCCUCGAAAACUCGAAAAAAAUUUGGACCAAUUUGAACCAUUUGAAAAAUAAAAUUAAAUAAACUCAAUAAAUAACAAAUUCAAAUUGAUCAGCAGUAUUAAUUUAGGAGCACAAUAUACAAAACACUUUAACCUACAAAACAAAAAUUAAUGGAACAAAUUUCGCUGAUUUUUUUUUAAAUGAAUCAAAAUGAGGACGUCAGGAUACAAGUCUACAAUGAGCACGGUUUGCAGUGCACAGCUUUUCGACGCAUGAUACUGAUAAAGUGUGUUCCCCGGGGUCACACACGCCCUCCCAGGGGGCCCGCCCCACUAUUUGACAAGCACUGAUUUAAACGAAAAUGGGAGUAUACGUAUUACCUAAUGUCAGGUAUUUAAUCUUGCUUCUAUUUCCGUUUUCGCAGUGAAAAGUGUUUGCAUAACACUGUCAAUACAAGCAGAGGAUUGAGCACUGGUUCCCUAUGCUUGAUUUAGACAUUUUUUUAAUGUCAUUUGACAUUGUAACUAUUUAUUUUUCCUAUACUGUAAUCUGGCCAUCAGAAAUUAAUUGUGCUUCCAAUUAGGGUUCUGUCCUGAAUUUGGUAAUUUUACCGAACCCCAUUUUGCACAUGAGUCACGUCCGGUUGCAGACCUGGCAGGGGCUCGAGCGCCUGGUGGGCAAACAGGCGUACAAAGCAAGCAUACCUAAAAGAAAGCACUCAAAAGUGAAGCUCAACUUUCCACAAUGUGCUGGCUCUAUGCUAAUUUAAAUUAGAUACGCGAUAUACAUGCUACCAACUAGCAUUAGCGAUUUUACAUGGCGAUUUCAACACCUCCGAAUUUAGUGAUGACUCCAACUAAGAUGCAAAGCUGGUUGGUGAUAAGUACAAUACUUACAUUAUAAACAAAAGACAAGACUGGCACAUUGAACCUAAUGGCAAAGACUACUUCCUGACUACGGCAGCACACCUAGGACAAACAGAAAUGAAUGCAUACUUGCAAAUGAUGCUAAGAACUGUAGCACGAUAUAAAAACUAAACAGUACAGUCAUCAACUCACUAUUAAAUGUUAAAUAAAACAUUUGAUGUUAUUAUUAAACAAACUAACGCUUAUUACGAUAUCAGUUCAAAUGAGAAAGGUACUGACUGCUCUGCCUAACAGCAUAAUGCAAUUUACUUUCAUGUGAAAAGUACAAUGAUCAUCUUAAACGUGUAAAUACUUUGUAUAUAAUGUAUGUCGUUUAACAUCAGUUUAAGUGUUAAAAAUGGUACAUGACUCCCCAAAAUGACAGGUUCAUUGAGUUGGAGGUGUGUCUCUGUACUUUUGUCCAUAAAGAGAGUACUCGGGGAGCAUCAUCUCCUGCUGUCCACAUGCUUGAAUUGUGAAUGCAAACAAAUGUUGGUGUUUUUUUAAAGGACAAAGCAAAUAAAUCGAUGCUUUUCUUAGGACUUUGAAUGUGAAUUUGUAGCAGAGACACUUUUGAUGAUGUCACGUGAAUAAA